CAGGCAAGGCACAUUCAGAGGAUUCAGUGCAAUUGUAAUUAGGGACGGAGGCACAUUGCGACGAUGUGUUGUGCGGUCGGGUCUGGCGCAUCGAGAAUUGGUGAAACGUGAACGCCGAGUGAUAAAUAAAUAAGAUAAAAACCGAGCCCAAGCAGCGAGCCGUAAAGCAGGUCGAUUCGCGCGAUUCGAUAAUCGUCUGCAAUUGCGUAAAAAGCGGUGUAAAAAAGCAGACGGAAUAGCUCGGUUCAGGGUCGAGGCACGAUCAUAGAUGUGUAGCGGUGUAUAGAGUGUGAUACUUAUACCCUGGCACACAGCAAUGCGAAAUGUCAAACGCUGAUGCAUGAUUAAAGAACCUUGCGUCGAUGACCUAAGACAUUCAUGAGCCACGAAUAAUCGUUCGGAAUCUCGCGAAUAAAGCCAGGAUUUAUGAUCUAACCGAGGUUCGAUUCACCCACGUGCAUUAUCAUCGGCCUGUUACAGCUAAUACAUGACAUUCUACUUGCCUGCCCCUACACCUGUCCCAGUAUUGGUCAUAAUAUUCCGGGAAAUGAACGGGCUCAAAUUUAUCCUAGAAUAUUAUUAACAGACGGUGGAGAGCGGUGAUUCACUUUUAUGAAUCGAUCUCGAACACUACAGUUGUAAGAAAUAUUUUCAACGCUUUAGUAGAGAGGUAUUAAAAGCGAAGAAAGUAUGAGCUCCGUGUGGAAGAGACUUCAAAGGGUUAACAAAAGAGCCGCCAAGUUUCAGUUCACCGUAUCUUAUCACGAAGUAAAUUUGGAAACUACGUCAAAAUGGACGCCGAAUAAGUUGAGCGUUGUGUGGACCAGGCGGAGUAGAAGAGUCAGUUCUGAGCCUCUGCAAUGGGAACCAACCCUCAGCGAUCCCCUGAAGGGAAACAUCAGCUGGGCUGUACCAGACAAUCACAUAGUUUCCGUUACCCUAUUCAAGGACCCCCGAACUCACGAACUGGAAGACAAAGAGUGGACUUUUGUCAUCGAAGAUGUUUCAACAACAGGAAAACGGCGACACGUCGCAGCGACAAGUAUAAAUAUGAAAAAAUAUGCUUCCCUUGAAUCGAGUCAGCAGCAACUAAAAUUAGAGCUGAAACCAACAUCGAAAAAAAUUGUCAGCGCUACAUUGGAGUGCACUUUGUCAUGCGUAUUUCUCAGGGAGGGAAAGGCGACGGACGAGGACAUGCAGAGCAUGGCCAGUUUGAUGUCGGUGAACAAUAACAGCGACAUCGCUCCGUUGGACGAUUUUGACAAUGAGGAUAUCCCUGAAGACGUUGAGGAGAUUGGCGGGAAAUCUCUGGAAGAGGUUCUCGACAUUUCGGCGCAGUUGGAUCUACUCACUAACAGCUUAACGGAGAGUGAAAUUGCCAGCACACCGAUAAGCAUUGCUAGCUUGUCAAAGGAUGAGACAACACCAGUGAAUGACAACAACAAUCCGUUUGCAAGAGACAUCGCUCAGAUGGGAAGCGGCGGUGAUGAUAAAGUAGAAAAAUCUCCAUCCAAAGAUAACGUUGCAAUAGAGAACGACAAAAACGUUGAACAAUCCUCGGUGAGACUAUCGCUACAGCCACUGGAUUUGAAAAAGGGGAUUUCGGACGUCGUUCCAAGGUUUCGGGAGACAACGCCUGGUCAAGACCUCCUCGAAUGGUGCAAAGACGUGACAAAAAAUUACCCAGGAGUAAAAGUUACCAACCUCACCACUUCCUGGCGCAACGGCAUGGCUUUCUGUGCUAUUAUCCAUCAUUUUAGACCUGAUUUAAUAGAUGUUGAUACUUUAUUGCUGCACGAUGUCAAGGGCAAUUGCAAGAAAGCUUUUGACGCUGGGGAAGCGUUAGGCAUACCCCGAGUGAUAGAGCCGGCUGAUAUGGAGAUUUUAACUGUACCUGACAAACUGGCCGUCAUGACGUACUUGUACCAACUCAGGGCUCACUUUACCGGACACGAGCUUGAGGUACAACAAAUUGGCAAAACAACUGAUGAAUCUUCUUACAUGAUCGGUAGAUUCAAUACAGACAACAACACUGAUGUUACGGUACAACUGUUUGGUCAGGAGAUAAUAAAUUUACGUAAAAAGGAGCAGAGCGAACAAAGGAAUAACAAGACCGACGUUAACAGAAGAUCAAAUCCGUUCGACUUAAAACGUGACGAAAGCGGUAUAGACAGUCUUAAGAACAAACUACACCUCAGUCUCAAUACCGAUCUUACGGAUCACGAUCAGCACGGCAAAGAUAAAUCACCCUCAAGCGUGAAGGAUGUUAAGGACAUAAUUUUGGCGGGUUCAAAAAGUUUUUUGGGCAAAGUUCUGUCGCCCACGAAAGAAAAGCAUGCGGCAAGAGAAAAGAGUAAAUCACCGUCUAGAACCGGACAAAUAACUCAACCACAACCACCGCAGCAGCAGCAGAGGCCAGUUUUAAUGACACGCAGACAGCUAACGGAUCCCUUCGGUUCCGAUGAUGAGGAAGAGCUUCAAGUUGUCCAGGAUAAAUCGUCGCAAUCGAUUUCGAUAGCAAAAUCACAGUCCUCUGCGCGAGACACUGACUCGUUGCAUUCGGUUGACAGAAGCAGCCGAGGGAGUUCGGAAUGCCGUGGCAUAUCUCCAACUUCUACUGACCCACGACUACCGCAUCCUCUUGUCACUCGACAUGAUGAGCUUAAGGAAAGAGCUAGACAACUUUUGGAGCAGGCAAGAAACCAAGCCAAGCAACCUGCAACUAAUUCCGCUGCCACCAGUCCGGUUGAGGGGCAAAGUGACGCUGAGCGGCAGCUUCAGCUGCGCGAAAGAGCCCGGCGAUUGAUAGCUGAAGCCAGAAUGGGAGCAGCGGUAAAUACUAGUCAAAUCGGUGAUGAAAAUUCUACCGAAACAAGGACCAUCGACGAUCAAAACAACAGUCCACGUCGCAGCACUACUCCUUCUACACCUUCAACUCCUGGAGACAGAUUGAGCAUUAAGUCUGAACACAAUGGUAAUGUUCCUACAAGUGCAACAGGGGCAACAGACGGAGAAAAAAAAUCGCCGCUAUCGUCAUUCUCGAAAAUUAUGGACAGAAUAUCGCCGGAGAAUACUAGUCCUGAUGGUAGCAUCUAUUCAACUCGCGGGUUUGGAAAGGACAUGACAACGUACAUCCAAAACGAGUUGGAGGCUCUCGAGAGAGAACAGAAUCAGAUAGACGUACAGGCUGGAAAGUUGGAAAAGCAGCUUAGAGCGGCGAUGGAAAGCGAUAAUGAAGAAGAAACGGAAAGAUUGAUGUCUCUCUGGUUCACUCUAGUCAACAAGAAGAAUGCUCUUCUUAGAAGGCAGAUGCAACUGAAUAUUUUAGAAAAAGAGGAUGAUUUGGAACGUCGUUCAGAACUGUUGAAUCGAGAACUUCGCAGCAUCCUGGACGUUUGUGAUUGGCAAAAAACGCCGGAGCAAAAGAUUCGUGAAAAUCUUCUUUUGGAGGAAUUGGUAUCGAUUGUAAAUAAGAGAGACGAACUGGUGCAUCACCUUGAUAACCAGGAACGAGCCAUUGAGGAUGACGAUGAGAUUGAGCGUGAUCUUUCACGAGCUGGAUUGGCUCAACGUAACAGAAACUGCAUCGUCCAGUGAGAAUGCCUUUACUGCUCAUCAAAAAUUAUUUCAAGGAUGACGAUACGUUAUGUGGUCGAGGUACGUCCAGUGUUGCUGUGGAGCUGCCAAAGAAUGAAUACACAGUUAAUCUGUCCUAAUCAGCCUAUUGAUAAUAUAAUAUAUGACAUUAGAAAUUAAAAAAAAAAAAAGAAAAUUAAAACAAGAGUUAGUAACUAAUUUACAAUUAUACGUAUAGGUUACACCUGUACCAUAGAUUCGUUUAUUGAUAUCUUCAAUGCGUGUAAAUUUCAAAGAUUGACAAAUUCCUAAAUAGAAAGUUUUAUUAUCAUAUUAACGUAUCAUUGGUUUAUUAUUACAGUUUAAAAAUCUUUGAAAUUGAAUAGUCUAUUUGCUGAAAAAAAUUUAUCGGUUUGCCCAACACCCCAAUUCAUGUUUGCAAUCUAAUCUACAACUCGUAAACAUGAAGAA